UAUACGGAUAAUGACGAUUUUCAAUAAACUGUCAUAUUUACCUACAGCAACCGCAUCAACAAUCAAUUUCAAGUCUAGCACAGCAGCAUAUAACAAACUUUUAACAACUGCUUCGUUUUAUACCGCCAACAACGGCCCCUGUUCGUCGUGUUCGUCGUCAUCAACAAGAAAAAUGUUCUUCAUUCGUCAAUCAUUGUUAAUUUCUUUGGUUGUUUUAUUCUUUUUGUGUGUUUUACAAAUUGACCUCAUUCGUGGAGCAUUCGAAGAUGGCAACAACAACAAUGUUAAAAUCACUAAACACAGUUUGGAAUUAACACAAACCCUCAACAUGCAGAGGCAGGAGUAUUUGCAAAAGCAAUGCAAUACUUUGGGCUACAGUAUGCUGGACAUCAAUGAUCUAACCGAUGAACAAAUGGAUCAUAUGAUUGUCGAUCAAGAGCAUAAACUUUUGUAUUGCUAUGUGCCAAAGGUAGCCUGUACAAAUUGGAAACGAGUUUUAAUGAUACUCAAUGGCACCUGGAGAAAUGGAACAGAUCCUUUGCAAAUUCCCGGCUCUUUGGCUCACUCAACGGGCAUGUUUGAUAAAUUCAGUUCACUCAAUGAAACGGAAAAACAUGAAGUCAUCUCAGAUUACACAAGAUUUGUGUUUGUACGGCAUCCAUUUGAGAGACUGCUGUCGGCGUAUCGCAAUAAACUGGAAGGCGAUACAGCCAGUGCUCGUUAUUUCCAAAGGAGAGUGGGCAAACAAAUUGUGAAAUCAUUUCGUGUAGAUGCUAGCAAUCAUUCCUUGGAAUAUGGCGAUGAUGUAUCAUUUGCUGAAUUUGUACAAUAUCUACUAACACCAGAACUUAGUUUAAGUAAUCAAUCAUCCUACAAUGAACACUGGGAACCCAUUUCUAAAUUGUGUAAUCCCUGCGUCAUGAAAUAUAAUGUAAUAGGCAAAUAUGAAACCUUAUUGGAUGAUUCAGCUUUGGCUCUCUACUUAACCGGUGCUGAGAAUAUGACCUUCCCCACCGGCCACAAACCCUCGAAUACUCGUGCUCAUUUACGAGAAUACUUUGAUCCUCUACCCAUAAGUGCCAUUCGUCAUUUGUACGAAGUGUAUGCCGAUGAUUUUAAAUUAUUCGACUAUGGCUUAGAAGAUGUCUUAGGUUUCGAAUUUGGUUAAUUAUUGCCAUUGCUAUUUUUGACACUUAUGUGUUGUAGUGUUUUUGAUUGAAGUGUAAUGAAAUUAGUUUUUUAUUAUUCUGUGCAAAGUACAUUCGUUUAGUGCUAAUAAUAAUUAGUUUUAAAUAAUUUAUACAUGACACUUUCCUAAUUUCAUUUAUUAUAUUGUUUUAGUAAGUUUGUGAUGUAUUAUAAGUAUAUAUUUUAUUCUAAUAGUUUGUAUAUAAUUUAAGUGUUUUUUUGAAUUAGCAUUGGUAUAAUCUAGUGUAUAUUUUUUUUAAGUUUAAGCUAGAAUAUGUUAAUAAAACAUUUUUAUAUCAUGAGUUUAAUUUAAAUGAAUAAUUUUGUUGACAAUAAAUGGAAGAAAAUUGUCUGCUUGAA